AUGACUAGUAUUUUAGACGAUCAAAACGAUCCAUUUACUGAUCUUGAAAAUCGUUUAACAAAUCGAAGACCAGUUCAAGAUGUAGCUAAUGCAAAUCCUGGCAUGAAUGUAUUUACUAAGCAAGGACAAACAAAAACUGUACAACUUAAAGCAGAAAAUUUUGAAUUAUUUAAUACCAAUGAAAAAUUAACGGAAGAAAACGGUACAUUAGGUACUGGAUUAAAUAAAUUACAAAAUAAACAUGAUAAAUUAAUGUAUUUGGCACGUAAUCGUCUUAGUGAAGUACGUACAAAAUAUCAAAAACUUGAACAAGAUAAUCAAUAUUUACGAGAACAAUUAGAACGAUUAAGAAAAGCUGAUGAAUCAUCAAAAAAAUCUGCUGAAGAUUAUCUAAGUACUGAAGAACGUUAUAAAACAACUGAACGUGAAUUACGUACAAUGGUUGAAAAAUUAAAACGUGAUAAUGAUGAUUUAAAAACGAAAUAUUCUAUCAAUGAACUUCAAACAUUAAAAGAAAAUUAUAUUACUACUAAACAAGCUUUAGAGAAUGCAAAACGUGAUAUGUUUAAUAUGCAAGAUGAAAUACAAAAAGCUCAAUUUGAUCGUGAUGCACAUCAAAGAGAAGUUGCAAAUAUGAAUGAAAAAUACAAUGAUAUGGCAACACUUAAAAGAAGAUCAGAUCAAAAACUUGAAGUAUUAACUGAACAAGUUGAAAAAUUACAAACUGGUUUAAAACGUUCGGAAGGUAAUUGUCAAUUAUUACAUGAACGUCUUACAACAGUUAAAAAAGAACGUGAUACAAUAGAUACUGAAACUCGAGGUAAAAUAACUACUUUAUCACAAAGUGUUAAAGAUUUGACAAUACAAAAUAAAACUUUAAUGGAACAAUUUCGUGCUCAAAGUAAACAAUGUGAACAUUUAGAUACUGAAAAUAAACAAUUACUUGAAUAUGUGAAUGGAUAUCGAAAAGAAAAUGAUAUUCUUGCUAAACAAAUUGUAACUGCUAAUUCAAAACAAAAACAAUUAGUCUUGGAAAUUGAAAAAUUUAAAUCUGCUGAUGCUUCAGUUAAAAAUGAAGAAGCUUUAAGAAUGCAAAAUGCGUUGAUGAGUUUAACUGAUCAAUUAACACAACUGCGUAAAUUACAUGCAAAUACACUUGCUGAAAAUCGACAAAUCAAAGAAUUAUUAAUUGAAAAAGAUUCAUCAUUAACCAGUUUAGGUUAUGAACGUCAUCAAUUACAAGAUAAAGUCGUUAAAAAUGAACAUACACUUCGACAGAUGGAACGAAAACUAGCUGGACAUGAAACUAAAAUUGAUAAACCACCAUCAAAUACUGAGAAAAAAGCAGCUCCAUUAAAUACAGCAAUUCAAUAUCAAACAACACCUAUUACAAAUUCAUUUGCGAAUGUUGUUAUACCAUCCUAA